AUGAACCUGGCCCUGCUUUUGAACUACUUGAUCACUUACAACUCCCUGGAACUGAUUGGGGACGAUGCUUUUGUGGGACUGAUACACCUGGAAUAUCUGUUCAUUGAACAAAACAGACUAGAAGCCAUCUCCAAGAAUGCUUUCAGAGGCCUGAAGACUCUUCUUCAUCUGAAUUUAGCCAACAACAACUUGCAGACCUUACCAAGGCACCUCUUCCGAGGCCUGGAUUCACUGACUUCAGUGGACUUGCGGGGAAAUGCUUUCCACUGUGACUGUAAACUGAAAUGGCUGGUGGAAUGGUUGAGCCACACCAGUGCCCUGGUGGAGCCCAUCGAGUGCCACUCGCCGGCUGAGCUGAACCGCACCAGUCUCAGUGAACUGCGCCCUGGAGGGUUCAAUUGCAUCACCACUGAACUUGUCCUCUUUGACACUUUGCCAGAGCAGUCUCUCUCAAUAGAAACAUUCGUCUACCACGAUGAAGAGAAUUUGGUGAUUGCACAGCCCUUUACUGGACGGUGCAACUUCUUGGAGUGGGACCACGUGACUGGGAAAUUUCGCAGCUAUGCCACUAUCAAUGGUUCUUCCACUGUGGCCUGCAAACCCUUGGUGAUUGAAGGCGAACUCUUUGUGGUUGUAGCUCAGCUCUUCAGAGGGUCCCACAUCUACAAGCGACAUGAAGCUACAGGACAGUUCCUGCACACCCAGGUCAUCGAGAGCUCACGCAUCCGCAAGCCCAAUGACAUCGAGGUCUUCCGAAUGGAGGGAGACUGGUAUUUCAUCAUGGCUGACAGUUCCAAGGCCGGCUCGACCACAUUGUACCGCUGGAAUGGUCACGGCUUCUAUUCCCACCAGUCUUUGCAUUCUUGGUAUCGUGACACGGAUGCUGAAUUCCUGGAGAUCGCGGGCAAGCCCCACCUCAUCUUGGCCAGCAGCUCUCAGCGCCCAGUCGUCUAUCAGUGGAACAAGCAGCAAUUCGUGCGCCGUACGGACAUUCCUGAUAUGGAUGAUGUCUACGCUGUCAAGCAUUUCAAGGUCAAGGAAGACGUGUACAUUUGUCUGACGCGGUUCCUUGGAGAUUCCAAGGUGAUGCACUGGGAUGGUUCCAUGUUUCGAGAUGUCCAGCAGAUGCCUUCUCGUGGCUCCAUGGUCUUCCAACCACUGAGCAUCGCCGGCUAUCGCUAUGCCUUUCUUGGCAAUGACUACUCCUUCAGCAAAGUCUACCGCUAUGACCCCAUCACUGGCCUCUUCCAGCACUUCCAGGAGAUCAACACUCAGGCCCCGCGUUCCUUUGCCCACCUCAACGUCGACAAGCAAGACUUCCUGAUAGCCUCCAGCUUCAAGGGCAAGACACAUAUUUAUCGCCACGUCAUCAUUGAUCUGAGUGCCUGAGCCCAGCGACAGUGGGGCUGGGCGGGGCGCAUGGAUCGAAGGUAGGAGGCAGCUACCGCAGGGAGAAGCAGCCCAGGAGAAGACCUGGGAAGUGCAGUACCAGAGGCAUCCACUAGGGGGACAGCAUUGGAAGCAGAUGCUGUUAAGGGUGCACCUCCCCAGUGGGACGAGAUAACAGCUGGCCAGCAGGUGGGAGCUAGGCGACUUAAGAGCCAUAAUCAAUCACUAGCAAAUGCAACUUGAGUGGCAGCAGAAGUCAGCAGAUUUAUCUUUUCUUUUGACCUGUCAAAUGAUGAUAAACGGAUGCUGCCAUUGCCAGAAAGGGCAGAGAGAGCUGGCAGUUUUGCAAUGGGGUUAACUCAGAAACCCCCUCCAACAAAACUCUUCAUUUUAUACAGAGGUCAAUCGUCUUCAGAAUUGCUCAGAAUUUCCAUUCUCCCCCCCCUCCCAUUCUUAUCAUUUCCUAACAAGGAGGAGGUUGAUUCGGUUGGAUUUUCUUCUUCCCUUUUAAUGCAUUCUUGAAAACAUUUUAUUUUUAUUUUAUUUUUGGCUUAUUUUGCCUGCUUGCUUGUAUGGCUGUUUUCUUUUGAAAACAUUUUUUUUUAAUAUUGUGCAAUUGUGCAUCAGAUAACUGUAACCCAUGCGUACCUGUUCAAAAAAGCAAACACCAAUUCAUGGCUGAGUUCCCACAAUGCGACAGAGUCCGUUCAAACGGAGUUGGUAACUUAGGAUUCAGUUCGGGGGGAUCUUAAUCUAUUGUGGAAACCAGGCCACGAUGUUAACUUAUCAUAUGGGGGGAGUUUUUCGGCUAUCCCAAAUCAUCGGCCCAAAAUGUUGUGUGAACACAGCCAAAGAAUCUUGGAACCUCUUUAAAUGUCUUAUGGUAUAAGCUUUGUAUGAUAUACUUGAGCCAAGGUGGCGCAGUGGUUAGAGUGCGGUACUGCAGGCUACUUCUGCUGACUGCCGGCUGACUGCAGUUUGCCAGUUCAAAUCCCACCAGGCUCAAGGUUGACUCAGCC